CCCUCCUGCCUGCACGCUGCCUCUCGGGCCCUGCAGGCCGCCGCCCCCCGCCGCCCCUCCGCGGUGGUACGGCCCGCGCUUAGCGGAGUGCCUCCGCCCCGCCGACGCACGAGUGGCUGUGGGCCUCGAGGGAGAGAUUCCAUCAGCAGGAUGACGGACGUGGAGGAAAACGUGCCCGGGAAGGACCCUGGCGACGCAGAGAGCAGACCCUGUAAGCCCGAAAGCUCAGGACCGACCCGGGAAGACAAGAGCAGCCUCAGGGACCACCCUUCCCGCCUGAGAAAUACAGUUAAUGACGUUUCCAAGCUGAGCAGCGAGAUUGGGAUGAAUCGUGAUUUCCGCAUGGAAGAGAAGGUCUUGCCUCCUGGCAGUCUGGAAGGCAGGAUCAGAGAGACCAUGCACGAUGCCUUUUGGGAUCAUCUGAAAGAGCGACUAUCAGCUACUCCACCAGACUUCAGCUGUGCUCUUGAACUUCUAAAGGAAAUUAAAGAGAUCCUGCUGUCGCUGCUAUUACCACGCCAGAACCGCCUAAGAAGUGAGAUUGAAGAAGCCCUGGACAUGGACCUCCUUACGCAGGAAGCAGAACACGGGGCCCUGAAUGUGCCUCAUCUCUCCAAGUACAUUCUCAACACGAUGGCUCUGCUGUGUGCGCCGGUUCGUGAUGAGGCAGUGCAGAAACUGGAGAGCAUCUCAGACCCUGCUUGGUUACUGAGAGGGAUCUUCCAGGUUCUGGGCCUGAUGAAAAUGGACAUGGUGAACUACACUAUCCAGAGCCUUCAGCCCCAGCUGCAGGAACAUUCCAUCCGGUACGAACGAGCGAAAUUUCAGGACCUUCUCAACAAGCAGCCCAGCCUCCUGGAUCACACCGCCCGUUGGCUGACCCGCGCGGCCGCACAGCUGUCCGCGCCACCGCCCAGCGGCCCCGACGCCGCCGACGCCGCCAGCUCGCCCUGCUCCUUCCCCGGCGAGGCGGCCAGCAGCCCGGAGCCCCUCAGCCCCACCAUGGUGCUGUCCCAGGGCUUCCUGAACCUCCUCCUCUGGGACCCUGAAGACGACGAGUUCCCUGAGACCCUGCUGACGGACCGAGCGCGGCUGCAGGAGCUGGAGGCACAGCUGCGCCAGCUAACCAUCCUGGCCUCCGUCUUGCUGGUUUCCAGCAGCUUCUCUGGCAGCGUCCUGUUUGGCUCACCUCAGUUUGUGGAUAAGCUGAAACGCGUAACCAGAGCCCUGUUGGAGGAGUUCAAGUCCAGGCCUGAGGAGGAGGCUAUGCUGACUGUGAGCGAACAGGUGGCUCAGGAGAUCCACCAGAGCCUCAAGAACAUGGGCCUGGCUGCUCUGAGCAGCGACAACACGGCCUCUCUGAUAGGGCAGCUCCAGGACGUCGCCAAGAAGGAGAACUGUGUGCGCAGCGUCAUCGAUCAGCGAAUCCACUUGUUCCUCAAAUGCUGUUUGGUUCUUGGUGUGCAGCGGUCUCUGCUGGACCUCCCUGGAGGCCUCACCCUCAUCGAGGCAGAGCUGGCAGAACUGGGCCAGAAGUUCGUCAGCCUCACACACCACAAUCAGCAGGUGUUCGGCCCCUACUACACGGAGAUCUUAAAGAGCCUCCUCCCCCCAGCUCAGGUGCUGGAGACAGAAGUGGCGUCUCUCUGAUGGCGCUGGCUCUAGGCCGUGGCUCCUUGGACCCAGCAGCGAAGCCCGCCAUCCUCCUGGGGUGACGUCACCAAGCAGCACGCCCUCUCCCCGCCUGCAGCCAGCGCACCAUGCGUAGUGACCUCGUGUGUGAGCUCCAGCUGGCCCAAAUGCGUCCACCAAUAAACUUCUGAACUGCAAGCAAGCUCCCGCUUCGUGUGCCGCAGCCGUGGCCAGGCCCUGCAUGCUCAGCCGCCCACUAGCCGAGCAGCCAGCAGGCCCCGGUUUUUCCUCCAGGUGCCGCCUUCAGCACACGGAGCAGAGAAGCUAAGACACCCGGUACUAACACUGUUCUCUGAGGGUAAAGGUAUUUCUCAAAGGGCUCUGAAAACUCUGGAAUUACCUAAAGUGUGAGUGUAUUUCUGGAAUUUAGGAGUUUGUUUUGUCUAAUUCAGUUCAGAUUUGGGCAUGAUUGAAAAAAAUUAUUGGAAACCUCAUUUCCAGGACCAAAUUCCCCUAAAGGUUUCAUUCUUUUUUUUAAAAAAAAGUUUUAUUUGGCUACACUGGGUCUUAGCUCUGGGAUCUUUAGUUGUGGCAGACUGACUCCCAGCUGUGGCAUGUGGGAUCUAGUUCCCUGACCAGAGAUCAAACCUAGGCCCCCUGCUUUGGGAGCUGGGAGUCUUAGCCGCCAGACCACCAGGAACGUUCCCCUGCUGAAGGUUUCAAAUGAUGCAAUAAGGGGUCCGGAGGAGUAAGCAGCUCAGCUCCCUCUGCUGGGGCAGGUCCUGAAGCAGAGUGCCAGCUCCUGAAGCAGGGUGCCAGCUGGGGCCAGGCGAGAGUGGGUGUUGACUGCUCGCGGCUUCCUGCUGAGCACACGUCUGAUCAUGGGAUCUCCCUGCCCAGUGUCCAGAGUCCAGCUUGGCUAAUUGGGGUGAUGACUGGUUUGGUCAGGUUUAUUCUUGGUCCUGUUCUCUAGCUGAGGGGCAGAGUGAGUCUCCUGUCCCCUCCUCUCUAAGCUUAGAAGCCCCCUGAUCUUCCCUGCAGAGGCCACAUGGGCAUCCUGGGUGGAUGAACCUCCUCCCUUCUCCCCACUUCCAGGCUGGGACUCUCCCUGGCAGCUCUGCUGUUGGCAUCACAAGCGAGGGCUGUUCUAGGAAGGACUUGGGCUUGCUGAGAUCCAGCCCCUCAUUCCCGGGCUGACUGGGGCUGGUCAGCUCUGACCUAGGAUGCUGAAAUAGGAAGUGUUCCCUUCAGAUCUGGCCCUUUUUUUGGCAGAGGACAAGAGAGAAACUGGGGAUUCACCUAUGUGCUCUCAAGGUACUGUGACGACAGCCAACAUUCUCAGCGUUUCAGCAGACAGAGGGCGCUCAGUAUAGCACACGUGGUCUUAGAAAAACAUCCAAAGGGGGAUUUGAGUUCCGUUAGCCCAGGGUUUCUCCUGAUUGACUUCUUGAAAAAAUUUACUUAUUUGACUGAGCCGGGUCUUAGUUGUGGCACUCAGGAUCUUUAGUUGUAGUGUGCGAUCUCUUAGUUUGGGCAUGGAGGAUCUAAUUUCCUGAUCACAGCUCGAACUGGGACCCCUGUGUUGGGAAGGUUGGCCCCUGGCCCACCCAGAAGUCCCUGAUUGCCGUUUUAGAGUAGAGCCUAGUUAGUGACAGAGCCAGGCCACCAGCGGACCUUUGCUGUGACCAGAAAAGCUGGAGGUCCUGGGUCGUUCAGUUUCCAUCUUGUAGCUAGACAGCCUCAGGAUGGGGACGCCCAGGCUCGGGGGUGUGUUUAAAUAAACAGCCAGGCUUGCCUAGACAGCUUCUCUGAUUUGCAACUGUCUGAAUUUGUUAAAAAUCCGUAUUUUGGAAGCCUUAUCAUCUUAGAGGCUGCAGUGCUCCGAAGGGGCUUCUGAGAGGAGGACUGCCCGGUUGGUGGGUGCGGAGGCUGGGCUGACGUGGAACUGCUUUGUGCUUCAUCAUUAAGGUCUAGAGUGAGCGAUUUCUUAGAAAUGUUGAGUUUAUUUCUCUGUGUUUCCAUGUGGAGGAGACAGGGAUCCUGACCUCAAGGAAAGAUAGCUCCAUUCAGUCCUGCCCACAGUUUGAAGGACACAGACUUCAAUUUCUCAUUUCCCCUUCCCCAGUCCC